CAAAAAUAUCAGAGCUUUGGAUGAUGGCAUGAGUUCAUAUAUGUGCACUGUGUAUACGUUCUCAUCGACUUUUUGAUUUAUAACUAAUUGAACUCCAGAUAGUAAAAGUUAUGUUUAAUCGAAUUUCAAGAAAAAAUUACGAAAUAAAAUAUUUAAACUUGAAUGUUCACCAAAAAAUCUCAAAUUUAUUAUGAAUAAUUUAAUUGCUAAUUUAAGUAGCAAUGAAUAGUUAUUAAUUUAUAAGGAGAUUUGGAUCUGCUAAAUUAAAAAUUUGUAAGGAUGUUAUUUCGAAGGAUAAAAUGCAUCAAUACUGAUUGUCUUAUAUUCUACCAAAAAUUGUCAUUAUCAACUGUAAGUUUCCAAUGUGCAGAUAAUACAAAAAAUAAUUUAGAUGCAACAAUUAAGAAUUAUAAUCAUAAAACACAAGACCAGAAAUCAAAAAAGUUAAGCUACUGUACCAAUGAUGUACGUAAUUUUUUACAAAAAAAAUUGCCAAAUCAUAUCGAUUUGAUUCCUAAAAUUCUGCUGCGUAGAGCUAAUGAACAAAGUGCCAAAUUAUUUAUCAUUGAUGAAAAUUAUGCAAAAUCAUUAGCAUUUAUAAUUUCUAAAGAAUUAUUAAAUGAUUCAUCACAUGUAAUAAAUUGCAGUCCUGGAUUAGGAUUUUUAACUACAGAACUAUUGAAAGCUGGUAUACCACAGAUUCAUCUUUAUGAAAUGAAUAAGAGUUUUUAUAUGCCUGGUGGACCAUUGUCUGUAUUAAUAGAUCAGCAUCCAAACAAAUUGAAAUUGUAUCCAUUAAAUUUUUCGAAAGUUUGGAAACUUUUAAUGAGAGAUGAAUUUUGUGAAACAAGAGAAGUAGAAGAGUAUUUUGCUCAUAUACCAUAUUCUCAAUGGAAAAGUAAAACAUACAUGCAAGUUAUUGAUUUCUCUCCUACUCGGAAACCUAUCACAUUAAUAAUGUACAACUUUUUCAAACAAACACAUCUGUUUGAACGUGGACGGCCAUGUUUUUAUAUUGGUGCACCAACUCCAGCAUGGCAUAAUUUGCUCGAUAUAAAUGGUAGAUUUUAUUCGCAAUAUAGUGUGAUGUUCAAUCUAUUUUUUGAUAUAAAACAUCUUGGUGAUUUCCCACGAGAAUCUUUUAUACCUUGGCCUAGAGAAAAAUAUUGGAAACUAGAUAAUUUAGACAUUCCUAUCCACAUAGUGAAGCUUGAACCAAAAAAAGACGUUUUUGAUAUUCUAACAAAAGAUGAUUUAAAAUCGUUUUGGUUUUUCUUGAAGUACUGUUUGAAAACUCGCAGAAAUAAAGUUCUGGCUGAAUUUGAAAAACUGGUACCUGGAUCAGGUAUAAAACUCAUUAAACAAGAUUGUGGUAUUCUGACAACAUUCAAAGAAUUAUCUCCACAAAAGCUUUUAGAAAUUUUUAAAAUGUAUCGUUCAUGGCCCGAGUAUGAUGAAGUAAUGUUUAAUCCUAGAUUAUCUAUAGAAGAGAAGAAAAAUACUGAAAAACUUGAAGAGGAUGAUUUUGUGGAGGAAUUUGAACAGGAACUUGAGGAUAACGAUAAUCAAGCUUUAUCUACUGAAGAUAAACAGGGAAAUGGUUAGAUGUAGUAUAUAUUGAUUUUACUAGACAGAUAACUGUUUUAUCAACUUGUUAGAUAAUCAAUUCAAGUCUCAUUACUCUAAAUUUAUAAAAUAUCAUUUAAAGAAUAUUCUGUUGUAUUAUUAACAAACAGCAUCUAUUUCAUGAAGUAUUUGUAUUAAUAUAGUUUGUUAGUGGAAAUUUUGUUAGCUUUCAUUGGAAUUUUGCAGAAACACAAAUCUGUAUUAUAAUAAAAAGUUUCGAGUUGAAUAUGUAAUUAAAAAAAAUGUACAUAGAUGUAUAUAGAUGUUGAGUGAAUGUAAAUAUGAUACAAAAUAAAUCUAAUUCAAGAAGUCUGUUAGACUAUUCCACCUGUAAGACUUAUGGAAAUAGCUGCUUUAUAAAUAUUUCAAUCCUUUGAUAGCGAUAUUUUCAAUUUUCAUAUUAUAUUUGAUAAG